UGUAAAUGUAAGUUGAUUCUUGAAAUUAUUGUUUGAGAAUGACAAGCAAUAGAGAUAAAGUAGGUGUUGAAACUAUCGAAGCUGCUGCAGCAGAGAGUUAUAAACCAAAAGGCGGCGGCAAUGAUGAAGCGAAUGUUUUACAAAACAUAGAAGGAAUGAACUUGGAAGACUUUGAAGAACAACUGAAGGAUGUGAGUUCCUUAGAAGAUGAAAUUCUAACCGAGGAGGAAAGACUGCAUCCUUGGAAACAAACUCCUAGACUAUUCAUUCUGGUUGCUUUCGCAGCUUUAGGUGCUUUUAUAGUAGGAGUUGACAUAUCGCUAGUGAGCGGUGCUGAAAUACAGUUCAUGUACAAAUUCAAGAUAGCCAAUAAGACCAAUCUAUUGGGUUUAACUACUUCCGCUACUACUCUCGGUGCAUUGGUGGGCUCUAUGGCGGCUAUUAUUCUCAAUGAUAAGAUCGGUAGAAGAGGUACUUUGCUGAUUGCUGGAGUAUGGUCAGUAGGAUCAGCAUUAUGGGAAGCUUUGGCUCCUUCUUGGGCAAUGUUAUUGGUUGGUAGAUUGAUGUUGGGUAUUUCUAUGGGAAUGAUAUCCAGCACAGUUCCUAUUCUCUUAGCAGAAGCCGUUCCUACUGCCAUUC